AUGAAAUCAUUUAUACUAGAUGAUAAUCGAAUCCGUUUGAAUUCUGAAGUAAUUCGAGUAAAAUAUCUUAAAGAAAAUCAUCACCUACUACUUGUUGAUAUUCGACAUCAUAAUAAAACAUCUGAACAACAGCAACAACAAAUAAAUAAAAUAUUAUUUGGUCGUAUCAUAUGGAGAAACUCAUUAGAUCAUUUAAAAGAAAAUUUUUAUUCAAUAUUUGCUGAUGAAAAUGAAUUAAUUAAACAAAAACGAAAUGCAAUUAAUAAUCUUGAAUUUGAUACAAUAAAUAAAAUUACACGAACACAAUUUGCUGGUGAAGCAACUAGUGAAAGAGCUUAUUCAAUUGUUCAUGAUGUAUUAGAAAAUGGUAUUCGUGAGGGAAAUAUUCUCUUAUUGAUAAUGAAUAAAUAA